CGUCAUCGAGAUCACGGAUCCCACCGAUUAUCCUGGAUUACACGCGACACGACGUCUCCUGGCCAUCAGUUACGAUGACUACGGUGCGCGCUGUACCCUCGGAUAAGAUAAAUCUACGCCUCAUCCUCGUCAGUGGCAAGACAAAAGAGUUCCUAUUCAGUCCAAGCGAUUCCGCGGGCGAUAUAGCGCACCAUGUGUUUGAAAAUUGGCCGGAAGACUGGGCAGAGGAGGCGGUCGCCAAGGCGGAGAUCCUGCGGCUAAUCUACCAGGGUCGUUUCCUGCACAGCAAUGUCACGCUCGGUGCUCUUGGGCUUCCUUUCGGAAAAACCACGGUGAUGCAUCUGGUGCCGCGAGAGAAUCUUCCGGAGCCUAAUUCUCAAGAUCAGAGACAAAAAAGUAAAGGCGGUGGGAGUAGUUGCUGCUCGGCUUCCUGCUGCAUACUCUAAGUCGUCCCCUGUGACCGUCGCCGAUGUCAGUGGUGGAUCUCGUGGCGGAUGGGCGUGCGGCAUGGGCUGCUGCCACAGCGCUGAGCUAUGAUUUCUAAGAUUUCGUGCUGAUGUAUAAUCGUUAGUGGCUGAGCUCGUGAGCAGUGUAGCACGAGAAACGGAUUGUCGGAUGAAAGAGGGUCUCGCUUGCGCGAUAUCCACUACCGCCGACUACCAUCGAGGAGCGACGCGCGUAGCAAUGAUGCGUUCCCCGAUGAAUGAAUCCCGCACGUCGUUGGGCCGGUCGCUUAUUUCGGUUCGUUUGGCAGGCAGUAAUGCGUGCUCGAUCAAUACACUCACGAGGGAAAUCUGCUCCAGAAGAAGAAAAAGAAGAAGAAGAGCGUAUUUCGUUAUGGAGAAGUCGGAUCAUUGUCGACACGUCGAUUAGCUUGCGAAGAGAUCGAAUUACGCCAAUAACGAUGAUCGGCUAACUUCGAGCUAAGUAACGAGCAAAGUUACUUUGGACGCUAUGGCUCAUGUUGUGAUAUACAGAUGAACGUGAAAAGAAUUUGAUCAGUCACAAAUUUUGUUAACAGCUGAAAUCGAUUAACAAUUUUCUCUGUCCAUUUCCAAAUUGAUGACUGCAGCGUCAAAAAAAAAGAGCAAAAAAAGAGAAAAAAAUUAUAAAAUUGCGUUCGUAAGAUUAGUUAAUUGACUAAAUUUUGGUUAACGACCCAGAGUUAACUUAGAGUUAACUGAAUAUAAUCAAUUUUAUUAACUAUUCUGAUUAAUUUCAUACGGCGAUAUUUCUUCAUUUCUACAGCGUUUACAUUGUUACAUUAGAAUAUAAAUGAAAUAAUCGUAAAUGUAGUUAACAGUCUUAAUUAAAUUUUGUGCUUAGGGAUUCCUUAUCCUUUCCCUAGAUUAUAUAGCUAUAGCUAUGAUAUCGAUGAAGAAAAAAGACGAUCGUAAAUUUAGUUAACAGUUUUAACUAAAUUUUGGUCGGCGAUGACCCGUCUUUUCCUAGAUUUAUGACCGUAUAAUUAUAAUGUCGUGAGAGGGACGUUAUCCAUAAGUCGGUUAACUUUCGUUAAUCCUCUCAGUUAACUUAAGUUUCGAUUACUCACACACGCUCUCAACUUGAUCUAAAUUAAUUUAACAAAUUUAAUUUAAUUCCGCGUCUAUCUCGCGCGCGCAGCGAAAUCAGAAUCGGCGGAUUCUAAGAAAGUUAAACGUCAGUUAACUUUAACUAUCGUUCAAUUAACCGCAGUUAGAGCACUACUCUGCGUCGGUGCAACCGGCCUCGAAGAUCGAGGAGGGCGACGCGAACAAUUACGCAUUCGCCGUGGAUGUUUGUAAUCUUGUUUUGUUCGCCCCGUAUAAGGAACUCGUGUGUAUGCACGGUAAGACGAAUAGAAUUUCCAGGGAGAGGGAUUGAGUAGCAAAAGGCUACGUUCUGUUGUAAGCGUACAUUCGAGACGCGCCCUGGAACGGCGCUACAAUGCUUAGAAACUCAACCACUAUCACAGUACUGCAGCAUUAUAAUAAUUAUGUAGACGGGAUCGUGUGCAUGCUUGCGUAAAUUGAAUGUAUUACGUUCGAGCGAGAAAGAGGAAGAGAAAGCGAAUGAGAGAGAGCGAAAGAGAGAGAAAGAGAGAG